UGUUACUGGUUACAGUCGUGCUUCCGGCUUCGUGUGUUUGUUGAAACCGUUGAAACUGGUUGAAACGGUUUCACACAGAGGAAAGCACGAUUAUUUCUAACGAAAGUAAUUUUUAGAAAAGCCUUCGCGACAUUAAUUAACCACGAUGUCGAUCGGAGUUCCCAUUAAAGUGCUUCACGAGGCUGAGGGCCAUAUCAUAACCUGUGAGACGAAUACCGGCGAGGUGUAUCGCGGCAAAUUGAUAGAAGCAGAGGAUAAUAUGAAUUGUCAGAUGCAGAAUAUCACCGUGACGUAUCGGGAUGGCCAAGUGGGACAGCUAGAGAAUGUAUACAUUCGCGGCUCGAAAAUUAGAUUUCUCAUAUUACCAGAUAUGCUGAAAAACGCACCUAUGUUCAAACGACCUGGUGGCAAAGGAUCAGGCACAGCCGGUAGAGGGAAGUCCGCUAUAUUACGAGCUCAAGCUCGUGGCAGGGGCAGAGGACAAAAUCAAAGAGGCAAAGGUACUGGUUCGGCACCUUGGCUAAAUCAACAGAAUCAACCAGGUGGAUCUCAACCUGGAAGAGGCAGAGGAUAA